AGCUGUUGCGAGGCGCAUCGUCGUGUCCUGAGCGUUAGCCUCGAGACUGUUAGCUGUCUGCUGCUUUCUGAUGAACCCGCUGGAAUAUCGAAGGAAGGAAGAAGAUAACGGCUUCACUUCGACAGCAGGAGCCAGCCUCAGAGAAAGACAGGGCUCGAUAGAUAAAGACAGCCACACAGAAACAACAGGCUAACCUCACGUCCAACACUAUGCGCAUCUGACACACAACUGAGGGCCGGGCGGGCUUUGCUGCAGCUGAGGAUGAUGAAUGGUCUCGUGCGCUAGAGCUAGAUGGUGUGGGAAUGAUGGACCUCCCUAAUGGCCAAUCAAGCAUCACCACCAAUGCUGCAACAGUCUCUGAGAAGAGCAGCAGCUCAGAGUCUCUCAGCGAUAAGGGUUCUUCGGACCUGAAGAAGAGUUUUGACGCUGUUGUUUUCGAUGUGCUGAAGGUCACUCCUGAAGAAUAUGCAGGCCAGAUUACGCUCAUGGAUGCUCCUGUGUUCAAAGCCAUCCAGCCAGAGGAGCUGUCAAGCUGCGGCUGGAACAAGAAGGAGAAGCACAGCUCUGCUCCAAAUGUUGUGGCCUUCACUCGCAGGUUCAACCAGACGAGUUUCUGGGUGGUACGAGAGAUCCUCCAUGCACAGACGUUGAAGAUCAGAGCUGAAGUGCUGAGUCUGUACAUUCGCACUGCCAAGAAACUGUGCGACAUGAACAACCUCCAUGCGGUCAUGGCUGUGGUGUCAGCGUUACAAAGUGCCCCCAUCUUCAGGCUUACCAAAACAUGGGCGUUACUGAGUCGAAAGGACAAGGCAACGUUUGAUCGGCUCGACUACCUGAUGUCCAAGGAGGACAACUAUAAACGUCUGAGAGACUUCAUCAGCAGCCAGAGCAUGGUCUCUUGUAUACCAUACCUAGGGAUGUACCUGUCUGACCUGACAUAUAUAGACUCGGCCUACCCCUCCACGGGCAGCAUACUGGAGAACGAACAGAGAUCAAACCUGAUGAACAACAUUCUCAGAAUCAUAUCGGACCUGCAGAGAUCAUGUACCUACGACGUCCCAGUGUUGCCUCAUGUGCAGAAGUAUCUCAACUCAGUCAGAUACAUUGAGGAGCUGCAGAAGUUUGUGGAGGAUGACAAUUACAAGUUGUCACAGAAGAUUGAGCCAGGCACCAGCACACCGCGAGCAAACGCCUCCAAAGAGGAUCUUGUCGGCCAGGAAGCGUCAGCAUCUCCUCUCUGCGGCCGUAAAUGUACGGUAGCAGCUGAAGGAACCAAAAUCCCGGCCACGCCGCCCUCCCCCAGGAACCUGCUGCCCUACGGCCACAGGAAGUGCCACAGCCUGGGCUACAAUAGUUUUAUCCAUAAGAUGAACACAGUAGAGUUUAAAAGUGCUACGUUCCCCAACGCUGGUUCUCGCCACCUGUUGGACGACAGUGUGAUGGAGAGCCACAGUCCCACCAGGGGACAAGCUGAGAGCUCAACUCUGUCCAGCGGUAUUUCACUUGGGAGCAGCGAGGGCUCUGAGCUCAGUGAAGAGGUGUCUUGGCCUGCUUUUGAGAGGACUCGGUUCUAUCACUCUCUGGGCCCAGUGACCCGCGUGGCCCGCAUCCCCUACAGAGGAGUCCUGAGGCCCAGCAGCUCAGCGGAGUCAGAGGAGCUCGCAGUUCACUUGUAUCCUGGAGCAGUCACAGUGCAGGGGGUGCUGAGACGGAAGACCGUGCUCAAGGAGGGCAAGAAACCAACAGUGGCGUCAUGGACCAAAUACUGGGUCGCUCUCUGCGGAACCCAGCUUUACUACUACCCUGCCAAGUCCCUGAAGGCCACUGAGAGAAAACAUUUCAAGUCGACGUCCAGUAAGAGUGUGUGCGUGGUGGGUCUAAUGGCCAUGAUGGCUGACGACCCCGAGCAUCCCGACGUCUUCUUGCUGACGGACUCCGAGCACGGUGAGACACACAAGCGCACUCACCCACAAGGAAAAGCUAAGCGGACAUGA